AUGGCCGAUGAAGCCGAACACGCUGCUGGUGUGUGGGUGACAUUCACGGGCGUGUUGUGUGACGAGGCGACAGGUGUAGGCAACGAGGGUCGGUCGAACGACUUGCUGACGUGGCGAAAGGGUGACAACACACCUCAAACAAACUCAGGCGCUUGUCGUCGUCGUCAUUUUUCUGCUCUGGACAGCUUGAGCACAAUGUCAUUGCAGCAUCGAAUAGCUCAGAACGGGGAGAAAUGA